GUCCACUCACCAACUCACCCAUCUCCCCGGCUGGUCCAUACUGCAGAUGCCAACAUGAGGUAACUCGGCGCGUACACGCCAUGGACUCGCCGUUUCCCAGGUCCUCCUCGGCCGCUGGUGAAGGGCGCAUUGUGAUCCGGCUUCUUCCUGAAGGCAUUUCCGGGUUACAAGCACUCUCAUAUCAAUAUCCGCUCAAGCUCGUCUCGCCGACACGCCCCUCAGAAACCAAAAGCGUGCUCGUGUUUCUCCUCUCGUUUGGCGGCGGUCUUGUUGGUGGAGAUAUUGUCAACCUAUCUGUCGAUGUGCAGACCGGGGCCAAGUUGGCACUCGUCACGCAGGGGCACACCAAGAUCUUCAAGUCAGCAACACCAGACGUUGUAACUCGGCAGACCAUGCGCGUCCAGAUUGCCGCCGAUGCCGCCCUCUGUUUGCUCCCGGAUCCCGUCCAGCCGUUCGCCAGCAGCGUAUACGAGCAGGUCCAAAUCUUUAGGCUGGCGCGGAACGCCUCGCUGUGCCUUUUGGACUGGGUUACGCAGGGACGCACUGCUCGUGGGGAAAACUGGAGCUUCGUCCGCUGGCUUGGUCGCAACGAGGUAUGGGCGCUUGGGGAUGCAUCGACGGAGAGGGACCGGCUCCUUGUGAGGGAUUCUGUUAUCCUCGACAACAACCGGGCUCACCCACAGCUGCCUAGCCUACGCGAGUCGAUGCAUUCCGUUGGUGUCAUCGGCACUCUUUUGUUGCGAGGGCCUUUGAUGAAGUCUCUCGGCGAGUUCUUUCUUGGCGAGUUCGCGGCCCUUCCGCGGCUCGGGGCACGCGACUUUCGGAGUGACGACGCGAAGGCAGCUGCUGCACCUUUGUCACCGAGGGAGAAGUGGCGAGCAGAGAGGCUCCGUAUGGAGAGGGAGAAUAAGCUCCUGUGGUCGGCGGCCAACGUCCGGGGCUGCGUUGUGGUCAAGUUCGGAGCCCUCGAUGUCGAGGCCGGCCGGUCCUGGGUCGGGUCGAUGCUACUUGAGGAGGGCAGUGUAUCGCGCCAUUUCGGUGAUCACUCAUUGAUGUGUGUAAGAUGAUGAGCAGCCUUGAUACCCAUGGACGAGCACUGUGUUUGUACUUGUACUCUACAUAUUUUGGCUCUCAGGAUAGCUCGGCAGCACAUGAUAGAUCCUUCAUUAAAGCGACCAUCGUAGCAGCCCGAAGCCUAUGGGUCAGCGUCACUCAUGUCACUUAUGUAUGAAAAAG